AUGGCCGGAAAAUUUUUCGGCAGCGAGGUGUUUGGCUUUCUUCUGGCAGUGGUAAUUUGCAUCUCGUGUCCUGAAUACGUAUCAUCAGCGCAACGUGAAAUAGGCAAGGGAGUUACCACAAAUGCCUCCGCAACAUCCUCACCUGGUUCCGGAGAUAACGCCAUACGCUCCGGAAUAGCGGUUGCUGUCGGGCCACGACCCACUCCUCGCACCGGACCCUACUUCGAUUUAGCGGCUUCCAAAAAUGUUACAGCACUACUUGGCAAGACCGCAUACUUAAAUUGCCGUGUGAAAAAUUUAGGAAAUAAGACGCUGAAUAUACAAAUUUCGUGGGUUCGACAUAGAGAUAUUCAUCUAUUGACCGUCGGAAGAUAUACCUACACAAGCGAUCAACGGUUUCGGGCUAUUCAUCUACCACACUCUGAAGAUUGGACUUUACAGAUAAAAUACCCGCAACACAGAGACUCCGGUAUAUAUGAGUGUCAGAUAUCAACUACCCCACAUAUGAGUCACUUUAUACAUUUAAACGUAGUGGAGCCAACAACAGAGAUAAUUGGUGGUCCAGACCUUUAUAUAGAUCGCGGCAGCACCAUUAAUUUAACAUGUGUAGUACUUUAUUCGCCGGAACCUCCGGCCUACAUUUUCUGGAAUCACAAUGAUGCGAUUAUUAGCUACGAUUCCCCUCGAGGCGGCGUCUCGGUUGUUACAGAGAAGGGUGAGACGACUACCUCAUUCUUACUCAUCCAGCAAGCAAGGCCAUCGGAUUCAGGAACUUAUCAAUGUAAUCCAAGCAACGCACAAUCUAAAAGCGUUGUGGUUCAUGUUUUAAAUGGUGAGUACCCUGCAGCCAUGCAACGAGGUGGUCAAGCAUUUGCACCGACGUCACCAGCCCAUUUCUUUUUCCUCGCCGUUAGUUUAACAAUAACACUUUCUUGA